UGAAAUGCUAGGAUUACGAUGGGCGCUAAUCGCGUCUCAUGCACCAGACGCGGCGCACACAGUCCUUUCCUCCCUCUUUGAGGCAACACAUCAGCUUGUCUACAGCCCUCUCCCUCCGUCGCUUCAUUCGCAGGCCACUCUCACAGACCGGUCAGCCACAUAUAUUGCGCGCGUCUGUCGUCAUUCAUCAUCCUGCAAUCGCGCUGAUCUCAUUGGGGUCCAGCCUGAUGGCAGGGCCCAUCGUGGUGCUCAAAGUGGCCUUCCUGAACAGCUUCCCUGCACACAACACAGCAAGUCAGGAACAGCCAGGUCGGUCGGUUGUGGUUGGUGUGAUUGAUUGCCCUCUCCCUUCCUUCUGUCUGCCCACCCACCCACCCACCUACCCCACCUGAUGCGGAGGCAGGCCUGUUGUUCUUGACGGACACGAGGAGGGCAGCGAGGUUCUCCCUCAGCUCCUUGGCGCCGGACGUCACCUUCCCGAUGCCCAUGUGCAGCACGCCCGUCUUGUCGGCACGGUACUGAUACGUCUCACGCCUGCCACCCACAGGAAGGACACGACACACACGGUGUGUGUGGCUGCCUGCCCCUCUCCCUCCCGUCCUCCCUCCCCCCGCCACACAGCACACCUGAAUCGCUGGACGGCUUCGUCGAAGUCAUCAGUGACGGUGCCCAUCUUGGCGGUGGGCAUGAGGCCCUUCGGCCCGAGGAUCUUGCCGAUCCGCCCCACCUUGGCCAUCACGUCGGGCGAGCAGAUGAGGAUGUCGAAGUUGAUCUGCCCCUCCUGGAUGGAAGCGAUCAUUUCCUCACCGCCGACCUCGUCGGCGCCAGUGGCGGUGGCGAGCUCCUCCUUGCCAGGCGACGUGAUGAUGGCGAUGCGACGCGUCUUGCCCAGGGAGUGCGGGAAGGUCACCUGAGCCCGGACGGUCUGGUCGGACCUGACACACACAACCACAGGCCAUGUGAUGCGUAUCGUUGUGAGCCUCGCGAGCCUGUCUUCUCCUCACCGUUUGGGGUCGAUGCCAAGGUUGAGGUGGAUCUCCACUGUCUCGGUGAACUUGGCUUUGGCGAACUUCUUGGCGAGCUCAAUCCCCUCCGCCACAGAAUGCUCCUCCUCCUUGUCCGGCAGAUCGUCGGACACGUCUCGCCACCUCUUGCUGAGCUUCUCAUUCCCCCGCACCAGCACUGCAGGCCGUUCAGUGAGCGACGGGCGGGAUGACGGGCGGGGCGGGGCAAGCGCAGAGGGAAGGGGGGCGAAAGCUGACGAGUGGGAGUCAAGGCGGCGGCCGAGGGCGAGAGAAAUGAGGGCCAGGAGAGGCAGGAUGAAGUGAGGGAGGGGGAGGGUGCGUCGAAAGACGGAGAUCUUGACCAUUCCUCUGCACAAUGGUGCUGCACUGCAGGUAUCCAUCAUCACUUCUGCGUUUCCUUGUUCCCAGAG